ACAAAUACUAGUUUGGAUAACGAGAAAAACGACCACCUCACCUCACGAAACCGGCAAUGGCGGCCGCCGGAGCAUCGGCUCUCCGGCCACACCUCGCCCUUCUCCCCGCCGGCGGCGGUGGAGGCGGAGGCGGCGGAACCCGUAGCUAUGCCCUCCAAGCGCUAUCCUUCGUCUCGCCCCUCCUCCCUCAUUGCGGCCGACGACGCCGCUGCGUGCUCCGCUCCAAGGCCUCUUCGUCUCCGUCUCCCCCGCCAUCGCCGGGGAAGGAGGCGGUGGCUGUCCCGACGGCGGAGUCGUGCGUCAACCUGGGACUCGAGCUCUUCUCCAAGGGCAGGGUGAAGGAUGCUCUUGAACAAUUUGAGAAUGCCCUAGAGCUGAAUCCAAAUCCUGUUGAAGCCCAAGCAGCACUAUACAAUAAAGCAUGCUGCCAUGCAUUUAGGGAAGAAAGCAACAAAGCUGCAGAUUGCUUAAGGACAGCUCUGCGAGAUUAUAAUCUCAAGUUUGGUACUAUACUUAAUGAUCCUGACUUGGCACCGUUCAGGGCAUCACCGGAAUUCAAGGAACUUCAAGAAGAGGCAUUGCGUGGUGGAGAAGAUAUUGGUUCUGGGUUCCGAAGAGACCUGAAACUCAUUAGUGAAGUACAAGCACCAUUUCGUGGUGUCCGAAGGUUCUUUUAUGUGGCGUUAACUGCAGCAGCUGGAAUUUCAACAUUCUUUACCAUUCCUAGACUUAUACUUGCAGUUCAAGGUGGCGAUGGUGCCCCUGAUCUGCUGGAAACUGUUGGGAAUGCUGCCAUCAAUAUUGGAGGUAUUGUUGUGCUCGUGGCUUUGUAUUUCUGGGAAAACAAGAAAGAAGAGCAGCAGAUCACACAAAUUUCUCGCAAUGAAACCCUUUCAAGGUUACCUGUCCGCCUGUCAACCAAUCGCAUUAUUGAGCUUGUGCAACUCCGGGACAUUACUAGGCCAGUUAUACUGGCAGGUUCAAAAGCAUCCAUUACUCGAGCAAUGCAAAGAGCUGAGAGAUAUCGGACUGAACUGCUGAAACGAGGUGUUCUUCUAAUUCCUGUGAUCUUUGGUGCUUCUCAGAAAGCCCAAAGUAAGCCAAGAGGCUUUGGAAGUUCAAGAUCUGCUGCAUCAGCUCCUUCAGUUGGGGAUGACUUUGAGAAGCGUACUGAAUCUAUUGCAGCGAAAUCACGGUUAAAAGCUGAAGAGCGAUUUAAGGCUGAUAUUGUCUCUCCUGAACAAUGGGAAAGUUGGAUACGUGACCAGCAAGAGUCUGAAGGUGUCACUCCCGGUGAAGAUGUCUAUAUAAUCCUCCGAUUGGAUGGUCGUGUCAGAAGAUCUGGAAGAGGCAUGCCAAAUUGGAACGACAUAUUGCAGGAACUUCCACGACUUGAAGAACUGCUGAGCAAACUUGAACGUUGAUGAAGGUGUGUAUACAACUGCAGUUUGAUCAUCCAUAUGUUUCUCCAUUGUAUUAUUAAUUCCCUAAUCUAUGUAUAGACCAUACCAAUGUAAUUUUGAGGGAAAAUUUUGUUUAUGCCACUAAUAUAUGAAUUCCCAACUUCUGACGUACUCCACUAGUUACUGUGUGACUUCUCGUUUAUGUCACUACUAUCAAGCCACAUACCAUUUUUUUUCCUGUUUUGCUCCCAUUCUGUCAAUUUGGACUGUAAGAGAAAACAUUGCAAAAUGACAGAUAUAUCUUCCCUGUGUCAUCA